AUGGAAGAAGCCGUCAUGCUUAUCAUUUAUUUCUUUAUUCACUUUGUUCCACCAAAAAAUCGGCAGAAAAAUCGUCAGCCCUUAUUGCUAAAGCAGCUGACGAAAACUUUUUACAACCACUGUAAUACACUUAACAAAUGUAACACCAUAUCCCCUGACGAUCAAAACAAACGUACAAAGUUUUUUCAAGUUCAGGAGACGAACGAACGAAGAAAAGCAUGCUUUUUAAUUAUUGACGAACAGACUGCACUGGCUAAUGCAGUCAUAGAAGCUGUUGUAAAUGUUGCUAACAAUGCAGCCCAAAACAACCGUCUGUUUUAUUUAGAAGGUGCUGGUGGUAGUGGUAAAACCUUUACUUAUAGUUACCUUAUUUCUGAACUUACAGGUAGAGGUUUUCAAGUUGGAACUGCUGCAUUUACUGGCAUAGCAGCAACACUUUUGAAAAAGGGUACCACCAUUCAUAGACUAUUCCGGUUACCUGUUCCUAUUGUAGAGAACAGUACAUGCAACAUAACCCCGGUUUCUGCUUAUGCUGCAGAAUUGCGACAAAAGAGUCUAUUUUUACUUGAUGAAGCUUCCAUGAUUCCUAAGCAUGCUUUUCAUGCAAUAGAUCGUCAUCUACAAGAUAUUUGUAAUAAUGAGCUUCCAUUUGGAGAUAAAGUUGUUCUUUUAGGUGGUGAUUUUUCACAGUUACUGCCUGUUGUCAGAAAAGGAAAAGCAACUGAAAUUGUGGACAUGUGUUUUAAAAGUUCUCCAUUAUGGCACUUGGUUACAGAGUUUAGAUUAACUCGCAACAUGAGAACAAGGCCAGGAGAACAACAAUUUGCUGCAUGGCUUCUGCAACUUGGGAAAGUGUUUUACCUGUUCGGGAGCAAGAACUUUUCCAAGGUGCAUUUGAAGGAUUUUCACCCAGAAAAUAUGGCAUCAUCUGUGGUACUAACACCCACAAAUGAUGACUCACUUAUUAUUAAUGAUCAGGUGUUGGCGCUGUUGCCUGGUGAAGAAAAAUUUUAUUUUAGCGCAGAUGAUGUUGUGUGUGAUGAUGAGGAGGAACGGAUUCAAUAUCCAGUAGAAUUUUUAAAUAGUAUCACACCUUCAGGUAUGCCUCCUCAUUGCCUUAAAUUAAAAACUGGUGCCAUUGUUAUGUUAUUAAGAAACAUAAACAUAAAUAAUGGUUUAUGUAAUGGCACUUGCCUAAUUAUAAGACGUCUUCAUGACAACUGUGUCGAUGUUGAAGUACUCACUGGUAAUGCCAUUGGAGAUGGGGUACUUAUUCCAAGGGUGCAACUUGCACCUUCGGAUACAGGUAUGCCUUUUGUCUUACGUCGCAGACAGCUUCCACUAAGGCUGUCUUAUGCUAUGACAAUAAACAAGGCACAAGGUCAAACCUUUGAAAAGGUUGGAAUAUUGUUGCGCAGGCCAUGUUUUUCUCAUGGUCAGCUGUAUGUUGCUUUUUCUAGAGCAAGAGCAUUUGGUGAUGUUCGAGUAAGUGUUGUUCCCUCAUCCAGCAGAAAUUCAAUACUUUGCACUUUAUAUCUAUCUGCCAUGUUGUACAAAGUGCAAAAGGUUGACGUGUUAGAAUAUUUAUUUUGGCUUUUUAAAAUUGUCAUAAUGCCAAAUAUAUGUCGUGAAGUGCAAAGUCCUAUGGCUUACCUUCACGUGCUACUAGAUGUGUUAUUAUGGAAAUGGCUGUUAUUUCAUCCUAAUUUUAUUUUAGAUAAUUAUAUACUGAAUUCAAAUACUUUUGGCAACGAUUCAGCCGAUACUAAAACUCACACAAAUAUUUUUAAAGAGACUAUUUUUUCUAAAAUAUCUGUUACUGUUAUUCCUGGUCGUGGACACAACAGUUGCUACUGA